AUGAUCUCUAAAUUGAUGUCGGAAAAAACCCUAAGGGGAUGCUUUGUUAUCCUCAUGGCCUGUUUUGGACUGGCUCCACUAGGACAAGCAGCAACUUUGGCCAACAUGAUGCCCUACUUGGCCUCCUAUUUACACCGUCACACGGAUGCGGCUUUGGACUAUAGCCAUUCAAUUUGGAUUUCGUGUUGUCUGCAUGCAAUUCAAGGCAUCUCGACUCCUCUCACCACAAUGCUUCUACCAAAAUUAGGUCUGAAACCCCUUCUUUUUGUUUCUUGGCUAAUUCACAGUUUAGGGAUAUUGUUGACAGUGGUGACACUCAAAGUCGGAUUCUGGGCUGUUAUCUGCACCUACGCCAUCAUGGUUGGCUGGGGCAUUGGCUCCUCAUAUGGUCUGCUGCUCUCAGCCGCUGCUUCGUGGUUUCCGAAGCAUCGCGGUUUGGUGGUCGGUAUCUGUACUUGUGGAUUUGGGACUGGUGCAAUCAUCUUAACCCCAAUUCAGACUCUCAUUAUUAAUCCCAAUAACAUUGCUAUCAACAACGAAUCCCAAAUGUUUGACGAUGAGGAUCUAUUGCAACGUGUGCCGAGAUGCCUUUUAAUAGUGGGUGGGGUAAUGUCAUGCAUUCAACUGAUCGGCUUCAUUUUUGUUCAUCCUCGACCAGAAGAAAAGAAAAUUGAAUGUGAUGACAUAUUGAUGGAUGAUUUUAACAACAAUUCUACGUUAUGUAAUGAAAGUUUGGACGAUGCGGAUGUUCCUCCUAGAAGAGUGUUGAGGAAAGUGGAUAUCUACCUCUUUUGGACAAUCAUGUGCUUUUCCAUUAUUCCCCUUACGCUCAUUACUGCAACAAUUAAGGUCGUUGGACAACGAUCUAUUCGGGACGAUAAGUAUCUGAGCACAGUAAGUACCUUCGGAGCCGUUUUCAAUACUCUAUCAAGAAUUGGCUGGGGUCCGGUUGGUGAUAAUUUCUCCUACAAGGUUCCAUUAAUAGGCUUGAAUUGCUUUUACGGUAUUACCCUUAUUACGUUACCUUUCAUCCCAUCUAUUCCUACGGCUGGGAAGUAUCUCUUCGCUGUUUGGGUGGUCUGCAUCUAUCUAUGCGUUGCUGGAAAUUUUGUCUUCAUACCUUUCGGUAUUUCACGCCGCUUUGGACACAAAUAUUUUGCCGCUAACUAUGCCAUUGUCUUCAGCGCGUUUCUUCCUGGCAGUCUUAUUUGCUCCUCGAUAGUCUACUUUGUGACUUUGGAGCACUAUCUUAUGGAAAUCUUCAUGGCGUGUGGAGUUAUUUGCAUAUUCAGUUCUAUCACGGCUCUGUUUUUACAUGAUGCAAAUUCGCCGAAGUAUUGUCAAGCCAUUCAUUGCCAUUGCAGCGAAGUCGACUAA